AUGUAAUAAAACGACCCUUGUACUGCUCGAAACAACGGCACGAAAAAGAAGAACUUAAAUACUUUUGCAAGAACUGCGAAACGGCAGCUUGCCAAAGCUGUGUUUUGAUAGAUCAUGCGGGUCACGCCAUUACGCACCUAGAGGAAGAAGCGGAAAAACAAAAGUUGGAAAUGAAAUCCUUGAUUAAAACACAGAGGCGCGAUUUACAAGAAGAGAUUAACACUAUGGGUCGACUGAAUGAAGACUGCGCUAAAUUGAUACAACAAAGCAACGACAUAAAGAGAGAAGUGCAGACGUUUGUGGACAAUUUGAUUGCAACUAUUGAAGCGAAGAAACAAAAUAUCUUUACAGCGGUGAACGAUGAAACGAAGAGAUUUCUCGACACUCUAACAACGCAAAAGACGGAGAUCGAGGGUGCAAUAAAGAUCAUCGAAUCAACGCUGGAAAAGGCUGAUACAAUUCUAAAACGAAACACUCACGCCGAAGUCGUUCAGGAGAGGAAAUCAUUGGAGAAAAUUUUUCAGGGAGCUGAUCAGAGCCAGCCAAAAAACUGUUUGCCAGAAAGGCUUCCUGUUUUUUUUUCGUGGAAAACCCACAGACGGUUAACACAAUAAACGCCGAAGAAAUUGGAACUUUGCAAAUGGAAAGCCGAACAAAAGCAAGUCAAUCAAUCGCUGACGGCAAAGGACUUAAAGAGUCAAUUGCUUUCCAUGAAGCGCAGUUUACUUUGACUACAAGUAACUUUGAAGGAAAAGAGUGUUACAAUAAACGUGACAAUGUAACAGUGGAGAUUAGAGAUGAACAAGGACGAGACUGCGCCACGGACUUGCGAAUAACUGACAAUAAGGAUGGACUCUAUCAGAUCAGCUAUUCUGCCAGAAAUGAAGGAAGAUGUGAAGUGACGGUAAAGGUAAACGGGGAACAUGUUCGGGGAAGUCAAUUUUUUGUCCUCGUAAAACCAUUUCAGUUUAGACCUGUUUUAUCAUUUGGAGAAGCGGGUUCCACUCUUGGAAAGUUUGAUUGGCCUUGGGGGGUGACGGUGAAUGCUAGAAAUGAGAUCGCUGUAACUGAUAAAAACAACGACAGAGUUCAAAUUUUCAGUAGUGAAGGAAAGUAUUUAAGAUCAUUUGGUAAGGUUGGUGAUAAAGCGGGAGAAUUUAAUAAACCGCGCGGAAUAACAUUUCAUAGCAAUGGGAAAAUUUUCGUAGCAGACAGUUUUAAUCAUAGAAUUCAAAUUUUUGAGGAAGCAAAGAAUGAGCCCGUGGGAAGCUUUGGCAGUAAAGGAAACCAUGAUAGUCAGCUUAAAAGCCCCAUGGGAUCAUCUGUAGACAGUGAUGGGAACAUCAUUGUUGCUGAUAGAGGUAACAACUUAGUCAAGAUCUUCUCUUCUGAUGGCAAGUUUUUAAGAAAGAUAGGUAAACAAGUCUCUUUCAUUUUCCCCGUACACUGCAUUCAGUAUGAUAGAUAUCUCAUAGUGUCAGACAGAGAAGAACAUUGUAUAAAAGUUUUUGACACGAAUGGAAACUUUCUGUACAAGUUUGGAAAGGAGGGUGUAAGGAACGGGGAGUUAAAUUAUCCCACAUGUUUGUCAGUGAACAAGUCAGGACACAUUAUGGUCUGUGACUCAUAUAAUGGUAGAAUACAAGUCUUUGAACUGAAUGGGAAGUUUGUUGGAAAGUUUGGAACAGUAGGUAAAAAAAAUGUAGGAGAAUUCAUGAAUCCAAAUGCACUUGCUUCUCUCAGUACUGGGCGAUUUGUUGUUGUUGAUAGUGUCAAUCGUCGUAUUCAAAUAACUGAGUAGUCUUCGAUCGCCUUACUGAACUGUUUUGCUUAUUUUGAGCAGAGUUAUUAAUUCAACCGGUUAUUAUUACUCACUUUCUACAUAAAUUGAGUUCUAUAAAAAAAAAAAAUGAAUAGAAACAAAGUAAUUAGGAAGAAAUGAAAAUACCUGUGAAGCAUCCCGAUAUAAGCGUAUUGCUACUGAGAAUGUCAUGUUUACAGAACUUUUACAAUAUAUUUGGUUAGCAUUAAUUUAACAAACAGAAAGAUCUGGUUAAUCAUCAUGAUUAAGUUCAUGUACAAUAACAGCAACAUAAAUUUACAUUCACUUUUGAUGUUGAACAGAAUUAUCUUCAUUGUUAAGUAGGAUACAGGUUUGAAAUUCUGUGGGGAAAGUUGCGUCUAAAUAUCUAUGUAGAUAAACUAAAAAAAAAUUCAUAUAAGUCGUGUA